AUGAAAGACUUCUGCAUAAGAGUCGGCCAUGUCGUCUUCGGCUCCAAGCCUGGCUGGUAUAUCCCCAAGCUCUACCUGGUCGGGGAGGAUAUCGACCCUAUCGACUUGAAGGACGUAAUCUGGGCUGAAGCUACGCGGCGUCAAGCUGUUACGAACGAGUUCCUUUUCGAAGAGUACGGGAAUAUUCCUCUUAUCCCGUACAUGGGGCACGGGUUUAAGCCUGAGACGGGGAGCGGACAUCAUCGGAAGGUGGUGAGGUGUUGUAUGUUUGCUAGUGAGUUUGGAGAUGGGGAGUUGCGUUGGGAGGAGGGGUCUUUUCGGGGGUCAUUCCCUGCGGAUGUACAGAAGAGGGUGGAAGAGAAUUGGAAGGACUAUGGGUUUGCUGGCUGA